AUUAUUAUGGCUCGUCUUUAUAUUGGAAAGCUGCCAAGCUCAGCCAGGGAAAGAGAUUUGGAGAAGUUCUUCAAGGGGUAUGGUAGAAUCAGGGAGGUGCUCCUCAAAGUCGGAUAUGGAUUUGUGGAAUUCGAUGAUGAACGUGAUGCGGACGAUGCUUGUUAUGACCUCAAUGGCAAGACACUGCUUGGGGAGAAAUUAGUAAUCGAGCAUGCAAAGACACCCAGUGAGAAAGCCAGGUCAGCAAGAGAGAGAGACUAUUACAGAGGAAGGUUUGUACAUGAUGUUAGAUUUGGAAGUCGCUAUCGUGGUCCACCGGUUAGGACUGAUCACAGAGUCAGGAUUGAGAAUGUCUCAUCUAGGACUAGUUGGCAGGAUCUAAAAAGCUACUUGAACACAGCUGGAGAGGUGACAUUUGCUGAUUGCCACAAAGAUAGAGAGAAUGAAGGGAUAGCUGAGUUUGCCACUCGUGGAGACAUGAAGAAUGCCAUCACCAAAUUGGACAAAAGUGAACUUCACGGCCGAAGAAUUCGUCUGUAUGAAGAUUCUAGAAGCAACAGAAGAAGAGGACGUAGUUCCUCGAGAAGCAGAAGGCGCAGUCGUAGCAGACGCCGUUCUUCUAGCAGAAGAAGGUCAAGAUCAAGGUCCAGAAAAUCUAGGUCGAGAUCAAAGAAAUCUAGGUCGAGAUCUGGAUCUAAGAAAUCUAGGUCGAGAUCUGGCUCUAAGAAAUCAAAAUCGCGAUCUAGGUCUGUCAAAAAAUCUCGAUCUAGAUCAGUCUCAAACAAGAGAUCCAGAUCCGGGUCAAGGAAAAGGUCACGAAGCAGGUCAAGAAGUGGAGGUCGUCGAGCUGACAGCAGUCGAAGAAGAGAUGAUAGUAGGGGUAGAGAUAGACGAAGAGACAGUCGUGAUAAUAGCAGAAGCAGAGACAGGAGAGAGGAUAAGAGUCGUAGUCGCGAUCGUCGUGACGAUGGAAGUCGUGGCAGAGAUCGUAGAGAUGGAAGUCGAGAUAGAAGGGAUGAGAGCAGAAGCAAAAGGAGGGAUAGCAGAUCUAGAUCAAAGAGCCCUGAACGCCGUGAAAGCCACAGUCGCAGUAGAAGCAGAGAGGAUGCCAACGGCAGAAAAAAUUGCGUCUCCAAGUCGAGAAGUAGGGAAGGUGAUAAAUCGAAAGAUGCUACUCAAGAUGAAAGAAGCAAGAGCAGAGACAAACCAGCCCAUGACAGCAGAAGUCCAAGCAGAGAGAGAGUCCGUCAUGACGAUCACGAAGAUGACGACGAUAAAGAUAAGUCCAUGGAUGUCGAUAGACGGUCUCACAGUAGAAGCCCCACGCCCCCUCCUAAACAGAAACACGAAAGCAGCUACAGCAGAAGUCCAGAGAGGAGAAGUAGAUCAAAGAGUAAAGACAUAGAUGAUAAAAUUUCAGGCAAAAUCAUGAAUGGCCGACCGAGUGUCCCAAGCGAAGAUGCAUCCCAGCCAAAGGGAAAGGGACGUAUGGAUAGCAGUAGUCGUAGUAGAUCAAGAAGCAAAGAUGAUGAACCUAAAAAAUUUGCUCCUGUCAUUAGGAAGGAGGAGGAAGAGGAGGAAGAUGCCAGGAUGAGUAGGUCUCCGAGUCCUGAACAGAGGAAGGUUACAAAAGAAGACAAAAAAGCCAAAGACUCGAAUGAUGAGGAGGAGGAAGAAGAAGAGAAAAGUCGCCAAAGUCGUAGCAAAGACAGAAAGAAGAACAAAAAAAGAGGAAAGCACGGAUCUGAGAGUCCUGCAAAGUCUAAAAAAGAGAAGAAGAAGAAGAAGGGAAGUCGUAGUCGCAGCUCGAGCAAGCACAAGAAGUCAAAGAAGAGUAAGAAGAAGUCGUCAAAGAGAAAGCCAUCUGCAAGUUCUGGAGAUUCAAGGAGUAGGAGUCCUCCGGGAAAAAAUGGCGCAGAUUCUGGAAGAAAAAGUAGGAAAGAUUCAGCUGGUGGUGAAGAUGACGAAAAAACUUCAAAGAAAUCGACAGCAACAGCAGCCGCUGCAAAGUCAAGAUCUCCAUCCAGCAGUGAAGAGAGAGCAUCUCUGAAGAAAAAAGAUGGCAAGAAAUUGAGUGAAGUUGUCUCAACAUCGAGAAAGAGAUCGGCCAGUAGUCGAUCGUCUGCAAGUCCUCCAAAGAAGAGAAAAUCGGAAGAAAGUAGUCCUGAACCUCAAAAGAGACGUAGAUCGAGAUCAAACUCGUCUGAUUCCUCUGGCGACGAACGAUCAAGUAAUAAGAAAAAACCGUCCAGAGGCGAGGCAAAGGAUAGCAAAAAGAAAAAGAGAAGGGCAGAUAGCAGCGAUCAUUCAGAUUAAUUGGGGUUGUCAUCACCAUUCUUUUGUUUCUUCGGCAUGUCGACGUGUUUUCUGCCCUUCAUCGCACUUUAUUCUCUUGUUUUGUGUAUGUGCGUAUGUACUUGUGUGUGUACAAAAUUUACAGUAUGUGUGUACGUGCGUUGUGUGCAUAUUAUGUUUUAUAAUACGAUCGUUACAAUUUAGUUCUUUCCUCGAAAUUAUUCCAAAACUUUUAGACUUUGUUUACUCUGUUUGGUAAAGUGAUGGAUUAAGUAAAUAAAAGCUGUGUAUAAGGUUCUAUUGAUUUUUAAAUCAUCCGCUUUUUGUGUUCUUUCUGCUACUUUGACAUUGUAGUAAUGGUGUCUUGUUCAUUUCUGUUAAUUACUAAUUAGUCUGGAUCUUUUAGUAAAUUUUAUGGCAAAACGUGAGGAAAUGUUGGCGUCCUAUGGCUAUGUUAGUACUUAUUUUAUUAUUUUAUACUAGUAUUUUAUAAUUCUCAUUAAAA